AUGUCCCAAAGUGAGCUUAAACAGUUAUUAAAAGAGGCAAAACAAGAAUUAUCCAAUGGUUACUAUGAAGAUGCUAUCGAAAUAGCUUCGAAAGUGCUCAAUAUAGAUAAUGAAAACUAUUUUGCACUGAUCUUCAUUGGUAAGUCAUAUGAUUCUUUAAUAGAUUCCAAACAAGUUAAAGAUGUUGAAACCAAUUAUGAAAGGGCAUUAAAAUAUUACAUCAAGGCUACCACUGUUCAACCUGACAAUCUUUUGGCAUGGAAGGGCCUUUUCCAAAUAUUAUUAAAUCAAGAUAAAUUAAAACAUGUGGUGCCCAAUUUAUUGAAAUUUGACGAACUUUUUACUCUUUGUGAUCAAUACAUGGAUUGUUUAAUGAAUAAUGAGCAACCUCAGAUUGAUGUAAUAGAUUUCUUACGGUUAAUUAAAAGAACAAAUCAGGAAGAUAUAAAAUUUUUAUUAAACUUUUACAAUCAUUACAUUCCAGGCCAAAAACCAUACGAAAUCCUAGGUCAUCACUUAAUGUCACCAUUAGAUAUAAUGCUACAAUUGGUUAAGUUGACUAAAAUAAGUGAAGAUAAAGUUGUAUCUUCUAAAAUUAGUAAUGAAAGACUAAAACUAAAAAAUAAUGAUCCUAUGUACCAACAAAAGAUAAACCAAGUUGCAUGGAGUAUUUAUGCAAACUCAAAACUGUCGGAUUAUUAUAAUCAAUUAAUUAACCUGAUUGAUGAUGAUAUAGAAAGGCAGAAGUGGGAACAAGAAUGGUUAGAAUAUAGAAUCAAAAUCUUAAAAUCUAUAACAAACAAUGAUGAUAAACAAAACUUUUUCCAAGAAUUGAAAAACACUGUAGAUGAUAUGAUUCUUGUUGGUACAGACUCUUUGCUAUGUUGGAAAUAUUUCUUUGAUUGGAGUGAUUUUGAUACCAUUAAUUCUAUUGAACCAGGUACAAUCUUAAAAUUCUUUACUAAGUUCCCAAAAGAACCCUUGGCAAGUAUACUUUACGUUUGGUUAAAUUCCACUUUCUCAGACUAUGACUCUAAAAAAUUGAUUAAUGAUUUUAAUGAAAAGUUAUCAAAGGAAUCCAAAAAUGUAUGUUUUGCCACAACAUAUGUUGCAAAUGAAAAUAAUCAGGAUAAUGAUGAAUUGAAUGAUAUGUUAGAAUCUGAUGAAACUCAAAACAGUAAUGACCAAACAUUAUCAGAAGAAGAAAUCUCUAUAACUUUGAUGGAUAACAUUACUAAAAUUAAAAAUAGUACUUUAGCAUACCGUAUUGUGUCCCAGUAUUUUAUUUUAAACAAAGAAUAUGAGGUGGCCUUACCAUUCAUUAAAUCAGGUAUUUCUGUGGUAUCAUUAGCUAUGAAAAACUAUGGUGCAAACCUAAUAAAUACCAAAAAUGAUUUAACAUUGGCUCUAGCCACAGGUUAUACAUAUGUUGAUGCGCCAAAAAAUCAUAAAUAUGCUAUAUCGUUAUAUGAUAAAGUAUUGUCUGAAAAUAGUCAAAAUAUUCAUGCUAAAUUAGGUAAAGCUAUUAUUUCUAUUGAAAGGAAAAGCUGGCAGGAUGCACAUUUAUUGUUGCUAGAUGUUAUUAAAGAAGCUCCAGAUAAUUUAGAAGUUGUGUCACAAUUGGCUUGGUGUGAGGCACAUUUAAAUUAUUUUGAUAAUUCAAUAAAAUUGCUUAAUGAAGUGAUUACUAAAUGUGAAGGAUUUGAUACCAGAAUGAUACAAUUUAAGUCAGAGAACUUAUGGAGACAAGCUAAAGUUUAUUUAAUGAAGUUUGAUAAUAGUGAAGAUAAAAAGAAUAUGGAUCUUGUUAAGACUUCUUUCAAGAUCUUAGUCGAUAUUAUCAAAUAUAACCCAGAUGGAUUUGCUAAAAGUUAUUCAACUUUAGGUGAUGUUUAUGCUAAUUAUUACAAAGAUAGAAUAAGAGCUUAUAAAUGUUAUUAUAAGGCUUUUGAAUUGGAUUUCACAGAUAUUGUAGCUGCUCAUUAUAUUACAGAGAUAUAUACUGAAAAUGGAAAUUGGAAUGUUGCAUCCCAAAUUGCUGAAAGAUUAGUCAAAGCUGAGGCUGUUAAAACCCAAUUAAGGACUAUUAAUUGGCCCUACAGAGUCAUUGGUAUUGCACAUUUAGAGAAACAAGAGGAAAGUGAAUCUAUUGAGUGGUUCCAAUCUGCAAUUCGUGUAGAUUCUUCUGAUGUUGAAUCAUGGGUUGGAUUAGGACAAGCUUACUAUGCGAGUGGUAGAAUUGAUGCUUCUAUUAAAGUCUUUGAAAAGGCUAUUGAAUUAGAUCCAUUUCAUCGGUAUGCCAAAUAUUUCAAUGCUGUUUCGCACUCAGCAAUGGGUGAGUUUUCAAUAGCUAUUGAAAUCUUACAGGAAAUUGUUGAAGCAGAACCAAGCAAUGUUGUAUUUAAAUCUACAUUAGCAACCACUUUAGUUCAUUAUGCUUAUGACUUGUAUUCCCAAAAUUUUUUACAAAAAUCUAUUUCGGUUUCUACAGAAAGUAUCAAUUUAUUCUAUGAACUUAUUUCAAAACAAAAAUAUUCUAGUCAAAAUAUGUGUAUAUCUUUAUCAAAAGCACUUUUCCUAUUUAUCUUAGUUGAAUCGCAAGCAGACUUACUUCCUUUGGAAAACCUAGUAGAAAUAUUUCAAUCAAUCAAAUAUAACUCAGACAAAGCGUUAGACGCAAUUGAUAAUGUCAGUUUGGACAACUUACUUAAUAAUGAAACUCCAGAUAAUGUUCAUAUCACUUGUAUAUUUUUGGUAUUAAUUUCUAAACUGGCGUUAAAUAUCGACAAUUUUGAGCAAUUGUCGGGAACUAUGAGAUCUUCUAUUUGGUGCAAUAUUGGUAUAUCAGAAUUGACUGUCUACACGACAUUAAAGGAAGAUAAAUAUAGAGAUGCGGCUAUUUACGCCUUUAAGAGAUCUAUUAAAUAUCAAUCAAACACUGUGGAAGCUUGGAUAGGUUUAGGUAUGUCAACAAUGGAUAUUAACUAUCGUGUUGCACAACAUUCAUUUAUCAAAGCUUUGUCCUAUGCUCCAAAAGACGUUAGUAUUUGGUUUAAUCUUGCUAUCUUAGGUUUGAAAAAUUACGAUCUUGAUUUUGCUAGUGAUGUGAUAAGGAAGAUACAAAGUUUAGAGCCACAGAAUUCUUCUCCAUGGUUAGGUAUGGCUUUAGUGCUUGAAAAAAGGGGAAAUAUUAAUGAGAGUUCUCAAAUGUACGCACAUUCGUAUAGUUUGUCUAAUGGUAGAUCAAGACUCACACAAUUGCUUUAUGCUAAAAGUAUUCUUAACAAAAGAAUCGGUCAAUGUGACGAUGAAAAAGAUAUUGAUGCGUUGGAAGAACUUAAUACUGUUGCAGCAGGCUUGGAACAAUACUUCAAGAAACGUCCAAACGAUGCAUUUGCAUUAGAAUGUGCACUAACUGUACUAGAAAGAUUAUACAAUUACAGGUUGGCUAAUUCGCUUGCAAACAAAUUGACGGAAAUAUUUGAAAGGAGAUUUGAUCAAACACAAAAUGAAAACGAACUGUUCAAUUAUGGUAUUAUUAAGGCCCAAUUAGCAAGAAUACAAUUAGGUUUUGGCGAAUAUUCUGAAGCAAUUGACAAUUCUGAAUUAUCUAAUGGUAUUUUAGCCGAUUUUAAAUCAGACAAGAGUCAAAUUGCACAACUAUCAAAUCAUAUAUGUUUAGGUCUUGCCAACUUUUUCCUAGGCAAUUUCGAUCAAACAGUUGACCAUUUUCAGGAGUUAUUGAACAAUGGUAAGAAUAUUGCAAGUUUCGUUCUUUUAAUUGCUAAAGUUUUAUUCGAAGUAGGCAUGGAAGACACUCAAACCAUUGCAAUUCAAGAGCUUGUCCAGUAUAUUGAUGAGAAUGGAUUUGAUUUGCUAGUUACGUUAACCAUCACAGUUAUUGCAAUUUUAGAGAAUGACAUGAGUAGUAUGAAUACUAUGUUAAAAAAAUUAAAUACAUUGUCUUUAAGAGAAUUAGAAACAGAUAAGUAUAAAGCAGUAUCCAAACUGAUCAAAGUAAUAGCGGAUAGAUUGGAUCCAACAAAGACUCAUACUACUCAUGUAAAUAGAACGGCAUUCUUUUUCCCUAAUAGCCAUGAAUCCUGGAGUUGCAUAAAUAAGAAGAUUGAACAAAGAUUAAUGACCAAUGGGCAAAAUAAAGUGAAUAUGGGAGAUUUAAGCAAUGCUUAUUACAAAUUAGGUAAUUUAAGAAGCAUUCAAAGGAGUAUAUUUUUAUGUCCAGGGAAUAAAAAUGCAGUUUAUGCAUUAAAGGAAUGUUUCUAA